CGAGACGUUUGUGGCAGUGCUACUACAAAGCAGUUGGCGGUGGAGAAGCUUGACUCCGCACAAAAAAAAAAUUCGCAGUUCCUUUCGCCGUCAGAAGUGUGAAUAAAUACGUGUAUCUUUGGAUCGGGAUUCUUGAGAAAUGGUAGCAAUGGAAUCUGUGCAGACUGUCGUGCAAGUGCCUCUCAAACGUCUAUGGGCAGCAAUGAAAGACAGCAGCGUGCUGCUGCCAAAGGUGAUGCCGGAGGUCUUCGCUACAGUCGAAAGCCUGGAGGGGGACGGGUCGGCAGGCAGCGUAAGGAUCCUCAACUUUGGACCAGCCGUGCCAAUGGUGAAGUUUAUCAAGGAGAGAGUGGAGUCCGUGGACGAGGCAAACUACACCACGGUCACCUCCGUCAUCGAUGGAGGAUUCAUCGGCAUCGUUUUCAGCCUGUACCGCGUCACAGUCUCGUAUGAACCGAGCGGCGAUGGCUCCAGCACGACCAUCACCUGGAGGCUCGAGUACGAGCCCCUUGUGGAGAGCCCGUCCUUGGAGGAGUCGAAGAUGGGAGCGCUGGGGACAUUCCACGCGAUCGAGGCAUACUUGCUGUCACACAAUGAGGAAUACAACAGUGGCGUGGAGGAGGCUCAGCUCGGCGAGACGACACAGCUCCACAGGGCUUGGAGGUUCGCGAAAAUGAAAGAAACUGUGAGUAAGGGGGUACGUUUGUUUUCGUUUUUUUUUUUCCAAGGAUUAGUUGAUACGCAUUCACAGAAAGAAAUCUCAGAUUCCUCCCCAAGAGAAGGCGGCAAUGAGAAACUCCAGCACGGGCGGAAUUCCUCUGGCAGCACAAGCGCAAGCGAGCGAUCUCCAGCCAUCAUGAAGAAAGAAGAAAAACCAAACAUUUUUAUUUCUGUGUUUUCGAUCUUCUUGCCGGUCUCUCUUUCGACCGGCGACGUUGGUUUUCUCUGGUUUCUUUUGCUAGCAGCAGCAGCAGCAGCAGCUAUGGUGACCACGACCUUUGAGGAUGUUGAGCUCAAUGCCAGCUCCGACCGCCUGUGGAACGCGCUCAAAGAUAGCAGCAACUUGUUCCCAAAGAUCAUCCCGGACAAGAUCAAGAGCAUCGAGCUGCUGGAAGGAACCGGCGGCACCGGAAGCGUCCGGCUCUUGACAUUCGGACCCGCUGCAGCGGCGGUCUUCGGAGCUCCAUACGUGAAAGAAAAGGUGGAGUUCGUGGACGAGGAGUCCAAGACCAUGACGGUGUCGGCGCUCGAGGGUGGUGCCAUCGGCCAGCACUUCACGUCCUUCAAGAGGACCGCGGCGUUCAAGCCAGGCAAGGACGACACCACCACUCUCCUCAGCAUCAGCGUCGACUACGAGCCCAUCGGCGAGCCACCGCUGGAGCAGAUCAAGUCGAGCCUCGUCGACCUCCUCAAGGCAGAGGAGGCUUUCCUCCAGGCCAAUGCGGACGCCUACACCGUCUAGCCGAAGUAAGUCCCAAGUCCCCAGAGUCACCACAGUCACCAGAGAGUGUGUUUUGUUUUGUAAAAAUUGGCCUUGGCCACUUUUCCUUUCCCAUCUUCUUCGGCUUCUUUAUUGAAGCAAAGAGAAGCGAUGCUGUUGUCCACUUACUCCACCCUGCUGUUGUUCUCGUUUUUCUCUUGGUUUAAAUGCGAUAUAAGUUUUGAGAA